AUCAUUAUCUUUAUCGUUUUGGUUGUCUUAAUCAUCAAGCGCAGGAACUGGAAUAAUCACACGUGUUGUACAAUGCCUUUCAAAGGSCUUUUCAACAUUGAAGCACCAACUAGUUUGUCAAGGGUCUCAUCCUACAAAGAGAGGAGAGAUAGAGAAGCCAUUCCUUAUGAAAGGUUCUGGAAUCAUGUCAUUUUGCGACAUGCUGAUAGUAACUACAGGUUCUCUUCCGAGUUUGAGUCCCUUCAAGGUAUCAUUGAAAAGAACAAGAAAUUGACCUGGAUUCAUUCCCAAAGACCUGAAAACCAGUCAAAAAACAGAUUUGCUAAUGUGGUAGCAUAUGACCAGACAAGGGUUGUUCUUUCCAUGAUUGACAAUGCACAGGGAUCCCAUUACAUUAACGCUAAUUAUGUAGAUAGUAACAAUGCAAUGAAUUUUUAUAUUGCAACUCAAGGACCAUUAGCUAAUACAAUAUCAGACUUUUGGAGAAUGGUUUGGGAACAGAACUCAAGAGUUAUAGUCAUGAUAACUAACAUCAUUGAGAAAGGACGGCAUAAAUGUGCCCAGUAUUGGCCAACAAAGAACAAAAAAGUACAAGAUCAUGGACAACUUAGAGUAACGUUUUUAAGAGAGGAACAUUUUGCUUUCUAUACACAAAGAGAGUUUGAGGUUAAACUGCUUAAAGAAUCCAUUCACUACACCCAGUUUAAGCAAGGCUCAGCCACCCUAAUGAAUGGAAAACCGUGUUGGGAUACUACAGAUGAAGCAAUCAAACCAAUGAUAGUCCAACAAUACCACUUCACAGGAUGGCCAGAUCAUGGUGUGCCUGAUCCUGGAUAUGAAAUACCAGUAUUAGACUUUAUAUUUAAAUCUACUGCAGCACAAGUAGAGGGGGCUGGACCUUUGAUCGUACACUGCAGUGCCGGAGUUGGCCGAAGCGGUGCCUACAUAGUGAUUGACAGCAUGGUCAAACGUAUCCAUGAGAACGGAGACAUAGAUAUCUUCAAUUUUCUUUGCCAAAUAAGGCAGCAACGAAAUCAUUUAGUACAAGAAGAGUGCCAGUACAUCUUUGUCCAUGACGUGAUAUUGGAGUAUAUUCAGUGUGGUUUUCUUCUAUCUUUACCCAAAAAAGCACUCAAUGAACACCUGCAUAAACUUCGUACAAUAAURCAAUCUUCUGGCAAAAAUAAACUCACCGCAGAAUUCGAGAGAUUAAAAGGCAUCAAGAUACAAGAUUAUAGUGUAAAAGAYGGUCAGAAAACCUGUAACAUAAGUAAAAACAGAAAUACAAAUGUUAUUCCAGUCGAUAGUUGUCGCGUCAAGCUUUAUCCAAAACCAGGAAAAGAAGGAUCRGACUAYRUCAACGCUAGCUACAUAGAUGGUUUCUGGCGACGGGAAGCCUAUAUUGCCACGCAGUACCCUGUAGAAUCUACUAUUUUUGACUUUUGGCGUAUGAUUUGGCAAGAAAACUGUCGAACUGUUGUAAUGUUGAUAUCCAAGGACGAACUAAAUAAGGAUAUUUAUCCUAAAUACCUACCWGUUGUGCACGACACGGCAAGGUUUGGUGUGUACGAGGUCACAAUGGAGUCUGAAACUGCUCGAGGUGAUCUCAUGAUUCGAGAUCUUAGAAUGAUUUCUCUUAAUGAACCAGGCGAAACUCGAAAAAUUCGUCAUUUUCACUUUCUUCACUGGCCAAGUGAUUCCCAGCCGUGGUCAGGGCAGUGUCUCUUGCAGCUCGUCAGCAAAGU